UUUUUUUGUUUGUUUCAAACCGAGAUCACCAUUCUGAAUGACAACUAAACGAAAUAACAUUUAGAGGUUCUGACAAAAUAUUAAGUGCUGUGGUCUAUUUUAAAAUUUUAAAUAUAUUUGAAUUAAUUAUUUAAAAAACUGUUUGGAUGCAUGAUGAAAUGACACGCUCUUGUUUUGUUACUGGAUGAAUCAGAGUAUUUGAAAGAAUCUGUUUAAUGACGUUUCAACGUCAAAUAAAUUUAACACUCACUUGUCGCCACCUGGUGGUGAAACAAUGUAAUCGAUAAAUGCGUCAUUUCCAGUGUGUUCAACUUUCUUUCAAAAGCUUUUAUCUGAACUAUAAACUUUUAUCUCAGUUCUUCUGUGAUAAGCUGAAUAUCUGCACCACAGAAAUAAAGAUAGUGUGUGAUUGAAAGCACUGUUUGUGCAGCUGUUAAUACCGACAUGACAACUGCUCUCUCGAGACGAACUUUGAAAUAGAUCAACUGUAAGACGUUAGGAAACCAUGAAACUGCCACACUGACGAGCUGACAUGUCCCUUUUUACUAACGAGCUCCUCGUCGACAGCAUUGUUGGGAAGGGCAAAGGGAAGCCCAACGGAAAGAAGCCGACCCCCGAGGAGAAGAAGCUUUACCUGGAACCAGAAUACACCAAAGUAAGAGUCGUGGAUUUUGAACUCAAGGAGCUGGUGGUGUUGCCGAGGGAGAUCGACCUGAACGAAUGGCUCGCUAGCAACACCACGACGUUCUUCAAUCUCAUCAACCUCCAGUACAGCACGAUCUCUGAGUUCUGCACGGGAGACACGUGUCCGGCCAUGACCGCCUGCAAUACGACAUACUACUGGUAUGAUGAAAAAGGGAAGAAGACGAAAUGCACAGCGCCGCAGUAUGUGGACUUCGUCAUGAGUUCUGUUCAGAAGCUGGUGACGGAUGAGGACAUCUUUCCCACUAAAUAUGGUAAAGAGUUCCCCAACACCUUCGACACACUGGUGAAGAAAAUCUGCAGGUAUCUCUUCCACGUUCUGGCGCACAUCUACUGGUCCCACUACAAGGAGACGGUGGCCAUGGACCUGCACGGACACCUAAACACACUGUACACGCAUUUCAUAGUCUUUAUAAGGGAAUUCAAUCUGAUGGACCCCAAGGAGACGUCCAUAAUGGACGACCUGACGGAGGCCCUCUGCACGCCUCUGCCCCCUCAGCCACAGAACCACGUGACCGAGAGAUGAGGCCGGCGCCCGCGCUCUCGCCGCACCUGCCAAGCCGGGGUUCAGAAGGUCUACGGCGCUCACAGAGCCGCUGGGACUCACAGACCUUCACCCUUCCAGAACAUUGUUCUCUUUAGGACCCAGUAAGGAGCGCUCAGCCGGGCCGAAUGACCUCAGAGGCGGCCCGUCUAACCCUUUAACCAAGAACAACCUGAUGCUUCUUUAGUUUCCUUCCCGUUUUUCGCUUCCUUUCGCAUCUUCCCUCGCCCCUUCGAUGCAUAUGAGCAGCACUUUUCCCCUCUCUUGGUUUAGUAAGGGUGUUGGCCUGGUCCUCGUGUACGGUAUAAAGGUUUCUUUCUCGUUUUUUAUAGGGUAAAAGGGGAGUGUGUGUGUUUGUGCGUGUGCGUGUGCGUGUGCGCGUGUGCGUGUGCGUGUGCGUGUGCGUGUGCGUGUGUGUGUGCGUGUGUGUGUGUGUGUGUGUGUGUGUGUUCAAGGCUUUUGCACUCAGGAACUGAGAGAGCUGUCAAUGCUACCUGCUCAACCAUAAGCCUCUCGGUGUCACUUUACUCAUCAUAUAGCAGUCCCAUCAUCCCAAACGGUCCUCUACUUAAACGGGAUAGACUUCUGUUGCAUAUUAGCAUGUUAACCACUGUAGAGGAGACCCUCUGAAUGAAUUCGACGGGCACGUUUGGCUCCAGGGCCUGGGUUCACGCGUUCUCUCUCGAGUGACAAAGACAUUCGCGUUGUCUGCUGUUGAAUCCAAACGCCUGCUCUUCAGGCUCUGGAAGCGUCCCGACGUUUGGAGCGUCUCGGGUGCAGUGGGACGCAGGGAGGCUUGUAAUCAUGUCUAGCCUCAUUCUGAAAAGACGAUUUGUGAAUGGAAAAGAAUGUACACUUAGUGUCUACGUAUCGAUCGCAAAGAUUAUUAUUAUCUUAGAGUGACUGAGCGAGCGAGAAAAAGAGCGGCAGAUGUUUUAGUUCUCCCUUCGUCGCUGUUAAGAGAGCUGUGUUUCGAUUGACCUCUUCGUGAGAAGAUCGGACCCUUUUUUUUUUUUUCUUUUAUUUAAUUUAUUUCUUUGUUUUCUGUUUCUUUUCGUUUUGGUUUUAGUUGACAUUUUUUCAGGGCUCCUCAGUUCUGGCUUUUGUUUUAUGUAUUUUAAUAAUACUUUAAGUUAAAAGCGAUUUAAUAUUUUAAGCUCUGCAAAUUAUAACCUAAUAAAAUAUUUAAAAGUCACAAA